UCCCUUCACCGGAAGUUACAGUUCAUGAGCAGCAGCACGGCAGAAGUGAACCGCCGGCAAAGACGAGAUCGAGGGAAGUCGAAGAGGAGCCGGUGGACGGCGAAAAAAAAAACGCACAAUCUACGGAAUGAAAGAUAUAGAUGCCGCUCUGCUGUCACUCGCUCAACGUAACUUUUUCUGAACAUCCUCAAAACAAGAGGCUGACGUACAAGUGUUGAAGAGCCCAGUUUUUUUUUUUCCCGAGGAAGGAGUGUGCUGUGAGUGUCAUCUCUGUUGCCUGAGGAAAAAAGAGCCUACAGACCCCGGCGUGUGACCAGAGGAGUGUGUGACCAUAGUGUGUGAGCCGCUCUCCCUAUGUGUGUCACAAUGGGGGACAUCAGUGACCUGGACCGACAGAUAGAGCAGCUCAGACGUUGUGAGCUCAUUAAAGAAAAUGAAGUCAAGGCACUGUGUGCCAAAGCCAGAGAGAUUCUGGUUGAAGAAAGCAAUGUCCAGAGAGUAGACUCUCCUGUCACAGUGUGUGGUGAUAUACAUGGUCAGUUCUAUGACUUGAAGGAGCUGUUUAGAGUUGGUGGCGAUGUUCCAGAGACAAAUUAUCUCUUCAUGGGUGACUUUGUGGACAGAGGCUUUUACAGUGUAGAGACUUUCCUUCUUCUGCUAGCUCUUAAGGUGCGUUAUCCAGACAGGAUAACCUUGAUUCGGGGCAACCACGAGUCCCGGCAAAUCACCCAGGUCUACGGCUUCUACGACGAGUGCCUCCGCAAGUACGGCUCAGUCACAGUCUGGAGAUACUGCACUGAGAUAUUUGACUACUUAUCCCUUUCCGCUAUCAUUGAUGGCAAGAUCUUCUGUGUGCACGGUGGCUUGUCUCCGUCCAUCCAGACACUGGACCAGAUCCGGACCAUUGACCGAAAACAGGAAGUUCCCCAUGAUGGCCCUAUGUGUGACCUCCUGUGGUCAGACCCUGAAGACACCACAGGGUGGGGGGUGAGUCCCAGAGGUGCUGGCUACUUGUUUGGAAGCGACGUAGUGGCCCAAUUCAACGCCGCCAACGACAUCCACAUGAUCUGUCGAGCACACCAGCUGGUCAUGGAGGGCUACAAGUGGCACUUCAAUGAGACGGUGCUCACCGUAUGGUCAGCACCCAACUACUGCUACAGAUGUGGCAACGUGGCGGCCAUCUUGGAGCUCGAUGAGCAUCUACAGCGGGAGUUUAUCAUAUUUGAGGCAGCGCCACAAGAGACCAGAGGCAUCCCCUCCAAGAAGCCCGUAGCCGACUAUUUCCUGUGAAGUCUCUGAGCGAACAGCCACACCGUGUCGAACUCUCUGGCACUGUUUUACAGCAGCAGCAGCAGCCGCCCUCCAUCCCGCUGCCCGGACGGUCCUGUCAGUCAGAACUCGGGGGCAGUUAGACACAAACCCUGCACACAGCUACAGUUUUUGAAGAGCUGGAUUUUUGCCGUACUGCCCAAGGCUGACAGAGCGGUCACUGUGAAGGGUGUACACUGGACCCAUGACUGUUGUCACUUCUCCUCUUUCUCCAUUUCUUUCUCAGUCUCUGUAGAAACGACACUGUCCCUCUCUCCGACUUUACCUUCACCGCUCUUGUAGUAUUUUUCCAUGACAACAUUGUCAUUUAGAUUUAGAAGUAUCUGAAGGGUGUUCGAUCUCUUCUUUCUUUUCUUCUUUUUUUUUCUUUUUUUAAAUAUGCAGAGGUAGGGUGUUUAACAAUUUUAUCGUUUAAGGAGUUCCUUCAAUGCAUAAGUUCUCUGUUUUUGAUUUUUAUGAAUGUUGCUUCCACGAUUAAAUGCAAGAUGAUGUAUUUCCUUCCCCU